UCUUUCCUGAAGCCAGUCCUAAGGAUGAGAACUCUAUGCUCAGAGAUCGGAUGCAGCGCAUACAAAUGAUGCUGGCACAACGCAAAGAACAGCGCAGGAAUCGGAGGGAAACCAUCGCUCCCUACUCCAACCAGACAUCUCUACAGGAGAUAACUUUGGCAAAUAUUUCCUCAUCGCUUUCAGCUUCCUUGUCAGCUGCAUCAACUUCUGUGUGCAUGGCGGCCAGAGCAACAUCCACAGCUGCUGCUGAUGGUUCAGAUGGAAGCCAGCAUUCAGAGAGCAGCAGUGAUCCAUCUAAUAAUUACUGCAAACCAAAUAUAGAACAGGACUCACUGGCUGUAUGA